GUUUUCUCAGGUCAACAGUGUUAGACGCGUGUCACGUGUGUCGCGUGCACAUAAGUUUUUUUUUUAAAUUUUUUUUUAUAAUUUUUUCAUCAAUGUAAAUCACAAUAUUAUUGUUAUAUAUUUAUUUAUUUAUUUAUUUCGUCGGUUCCCAUCCACGUACGGCAAUGGCACUGAAAAAAAAUCCAGACGGCCGUGAUUUUAUCCAACAGAGAUAUGUGUUGAGCACGAUGGGCUUCAUGGCUUUGGCCAUUGGCUAUGUCCAACGAUUCUGCUUGAGUUUGGCGAUCACCGAAAUGGCAGAACAAUCGCACCAUACGGUUCACCAGAAUGCAAAAUUUGGCACGGUGUGUCCGGACAGCAGGUCAUUCGGCAAUACGACUCACUUUAAAAAGGAAAUGGAAUUCGAUUGGGACGAGAAGACCCAAGGGCUAGUGUUAAGCUCGUUCUUUUGGGGGUACGUAGUCACGCAAAUGCCAGGUGGCAUGUUGGCCGACAAGUACGGAGGCAAAGCCACGUUGGGUUUGGGAAUGCUGUUUAGUAGUAUCGGUACGAUCAUAACACCUGUUGUGGCCAGGAGCUAUGGGCCAGAUGCACUGAUUAUACUGCGAUUGAUUAUCGGACUCGCUCAAGGACCAUUGUAUCCGGCCAUGAGCAGGCUACUCGCUUCAUGGGUACCAGUUGAAGAACGUGGUCGAUUAGGAUCUCUGGUAUUUGCUGGAGCACAAGUAGGUAAUGUUGCUUCUAUGCAGUUGGGUGGCUUUCUUAUGCGGUACACCAACAGUUGGACCAGUGUAUUCUAUGCAUUCGGAGUGUUUGGAAUAUUUUGGCUGAUGUUCUGGUUUGUAUUGAUAUACAACCAUCCAAAUCGUCAUCCAUUCAUCAGUCAAAGGGAAAAACAGUAUUUGAACAGGGCGAUUGACACCGUUGAUCCAGACGAUGGCAAGUUAUCAAUUCCAUGGAAAAGUAUUGCAACAUCAGCACCAGUAUGGGGAUUGAUCAUUGUUCAGAUAGGUCACGAUUGGGGUUUGUUCACCAUUAUUACAGAUUUGCCAAAGUAUAUGAAGUCAGUGCUGAAGUUCUCAGUAGUCGAAAACGGUUUAUUGUCUGGCUUGCCAUACAUAGUAAUGUGGUUGGUAGCUAUGGGUUCCGGUUUCAUAGUAGACUCAAUGUUAUCAUCUCAGUAUUUUACAGUGACUUGUAUCCGCAAAACAUUUGUAACCAUAGCUAGUGUAGGGCCAGCACUCGGAAUUGUUGCAGCAUCAUAUUCUGGAUGCGAUAAGGUGUUAGCAGUAGCUAGCUUCACGAUAGGUAUGGGACUUAUGGGUACUUUUGUACCCAGUUUGAAAGUUAAUGCCUUAGAUCUCAGUCCCAACUAUGCUGGGACAUUGAUGGCUAUUGUGGGUACAAUUGGAUGUUUGUCUGGAGUUAUUGCACCUUAUAUUGUUGGCAUUAUGGUUCCAAAUAGUUCUAUGGAAGAAUGGCGAGACGUGUUUUGGCUGUCUGCUGCUAUACUUAUAGCCACAAACUUGUUAUUUUUACAAUAUGGUUCAGGAAAUGUACAGCCAUGGAAUGAAAAGGCAAACCGCCAGUAUAAGAAUAGCGAUAUUAAUAACGAAAAUAAUACGGAUUCGAUACUAAAACCAUUGUAAAAUAAUAACCCAAUAAGUUUUGUACAGUUAUAACUUUGUCUUAUAAUUUUUAUACUAAUUAUUCUUAAGAUAUAACAUAGGUAAUAUUUAUAAUAAUUUAAAUCGCACCAAAAGAACAAUAGCGAGAAUAUGAAAUUCUUAAAACAGAUCUUAAAAACUUUCCAAGAGGUUCUGGAUACCAAUAAAAUGUGAAUGCAAAAAAAUGUUUAGGUGCAAAGUAUAAUAUGGUACAAGUUUUGAUGAUUUCAGCUUAAACCAUGUAUUAGUUUCUUUUUUGUUUAAAGAAAAUCAAAAACACACAUUACAUUUUUAUUUAAUGUAAUCAUUAGAAAACAUUAAUUUAAGUCAUCAGACUUUUUUCACAGCACAAUUUACACCAUUUUAAUAAAAAUUCCUUGUUAAUUAAUCAAAUAAUUUUUAAAAUAUUUUUCAGGAUUAUUGGUAUCCAGAUCUUAAAAUAAAUAAUGAGAAUAUAAUUGACAAAAUUUAUGAAUUAGCAAAAUUUUCAUUAAAAUGAAUGUUAAUAAUAAUAAAUUAACAUUAAUAAGUACAUAAAAUAGACAUUUAAACUUCCAUACAUCAUAAUUUGAGUCAUGUAUGAAUAAAGAACAAUAAAUAUAA